AUGUAAUAGUUAUUUUGGAAGAAAAUUGAAAUUGACAAUAGUAAGUGAUUAAUUCAAAUUUAUUAGAGAAACAUGGUCGUACACCAAAGGUAGAGGAAUGUGUCAAUUUAGUAUAUUUGAUUGAUCAGAAUAGAUAUUUAUACUUUGGAGGCAAGAACCCAUUUAAUAUUAAGGAUUUAUAAUAGGAAGGUAUACAAUUAAAAUUAAGUAAUAGAGAAGUAACCAUCUCCUCCAAAAACAGAUGGAAUAUCAUUUAAAAUAGGUGCUCCUAAAUAAACAAGAGUGAGUAGUCCAUUUAGUAAUUAAGAAUGCUAAGAUUAUGUGUACAUUUUAGAUCCAGCUACAUAUUAAUGGAGUAUUAAGAAAUGUACAGGGAAACCUCCAACUAGAAGAACAAGUGCAUAGGUUUGGUAUGAAGCACCAUUGUUAUAUGUAUAUGGAGGGAUUACAUAUGAGAAUAAAACUGUUAGUGAUUUGUAUAUAUUGAAUACAGAGAAAUUUGUUUGGAAACGAUUUUUUUAUUUAGAAGGUCCUCCAGGUAGAUUACAUUUUGGAUUUUCAACAUAAGGGAUGAAGAAAUAUUUAAUGGGAGGUGCAAGUAUGCCAGAAAAUUUAUUAAUGGAUGAUGUAUGGUAAUUGUCUGUAAGAAAUAUUUAUAAAUAAAUUAGUUUGAAAAUGUGGCAUGGGAAACUCAAUCUUUGGAAUUACCAGGAAUUACUUGGGAGAAACUUCCAUUUGAUGAUAUGCCAGCUAUAAAAGCACAUACAAUGAUAUAGGUAUCAGAUAAAGAAUUACUUGUAUAUGGAGGAUUUAAUAAAUAAAAAUAAUGUUAAGAUCGUUGUCUUUUAUUAGAUAUAGAGACAUAUGAUAUAAGUUAAUUAGAAUUAAAAGGAUAAUCACCUGGAUAGAGAGCAUUUCAUGUAUACAAUUAUAUUAUAUUAAAAGGAAUUAUUAGUAGUUAAAGAGAAUUUACUUUGUUUAUAUGGAGGAUAUAAUGUAAAUGAAAAUUAAUUAAAGAAUUCAGAACCAUUAAAUGAUUUAUAUUUAUUGAAUUUAAAUGAAGGUUAUUGGUCUAAACCUUUAGCUGGUGGAUAUAUUCCAACUCCUAGAUUUGGUUAUGUAAUGUCAUGCAAUCAAAAUGAAGUUCAUGGAGAAAUAAUGUUAUUGGGAGGAAGAUUGAAUGAUGGAACUGUAGAUUAAUGUAUUUAUGUAUUACAUGAAUUGGAUAUGGAGGCAAGAGAGGCUUGGGAUGAAAAAGAUGAAUAAGAGAAAAAUAAAUAUGAUACAUAUAGAGAAUUAAAGAAAGAAAAUAAAAAUGUUACUGUUCCUACAAUGACUUUAGUAUUUGAUGAAGCUGAAAAAAUUAUAUUAGAAUAGAAAAGAAUUAUAGGUGAGAAAGAAAAGGAUUUAAAAUAAUUAUAAUAGAAUUCACAUUAACUUGAAUAAAAGGCUGAAAAAUUAUAAGAAUAAAUUGAUAUUGGAAAAUUGAAAAUGGAUUAAGAUCUUGAAAAUACUAGAAUUGAAAUAACUGAACUUAAUUAGAAAGCUGAUCAAAGUCAAUCAACAAUAGAUAAAAUAUUAUAAUUGUUAACAUUUGAAAGGAAAAAAAGGAAAUUAGUUUAUAGAAAGGCUUUGGCUUUAGAAGAUCUUUAUAGAAAAACAUCUUUAUAUAUUUUUGAAAUGGAUAAAGUUUUUGUUAAAGGAUAGAGUGAGAAUCUCUUAGAGACAUCUAUUAAUGAAGAUAUAUUAAAUCUUAUUGAUUAAAGAAAACAAGAAUAUAAAAAUAUUCUUAUUUCCUUUCAUAAAUCUUUUGAAGAGAGAUACAAACAAGAAAUGUAAGUAAGACAACAAAUUAGAAGCAAUAAAGAUAUUCUUAAAUAAUUCCAUAAUAUUAAUGAAAUUUACAAAAAGACAUUACUUAAAGAAGAUAGAGAAUACUUAGACAAAAAAAUAUGA